AUGGGCAAGCCAAUCGAAGCGAACACGGAGAGUUUGACAGUGCGCGACAACCGUACUGGCAAGACAUACACAAUACCUAUAGUAGACAAUGCCGUCCCAGCGACUGCCUUCAAGGCCAUAACGGCACCCAAGAAACCCGGGGAGCGCGCCGAGAAUGAGACGGAGAAGGGCCUGCGCGUGCAGGACAAGGGUUUUUUGAACACGGCUGUGAUUCGGAGUGAGAUUACAUACAUUGAUGGGGAAGCUGGCGUGCUGCGUUACAGGGGAUAUCCGAUUGAACAGCUGGCAUCGCACUCCUCACAUCUCGAGUCUGCGUACCUGCUGAUAUAUGGCUCUUUGCCUACGCGAGAGCAGUUCAAGCACUUCGAGUCGGAAGUGAUGCGCCACGGUGUGAUGCACGCAGAUACUGAAGGCUUCUUCCGUUCAUUCCGGUACGACGCGCACCCAAUGAGCAUGCUCACUAGCGCGUUUUCCAUGCUGGGAUCGUACUACAGCGAGGCAAACCCGUCUCUCCAAGGGCAGAGGCUCUACACGAACGGAGACCAGGCCUCUCUAGCGACAAUGGACAGGCAAAUAUACCGCCUCAUCGGAAAAGCCACGGCCUUGGCUGCCAUGGCGUACCGUGUCCGACAAGGCAGAGACUUCGUGACACCGCCCGUUGGUCUUAGCUACACCGGAUCUUUCCUGUACCAGAUGGAUCACCUGGGAGAAGAGAACUAUACCCCGAAUCCCGUGCUCGAGAAGGCCCUUGACGUUCUCUUCCUUAUUCAUGCUGACCACGAGCUGAAUGCAUCGUGCACAACCGUUCUGCAAACGGCCAGCUCCCUCGUGGAUCCCUACUCUGCCAUUGCCGCCGGAUGCGCGUCGCUAUAUGGCCCUCUACACGGUGGUGCCAACGAGGCCGUUAUUCGCAUGCUCGUCUCGAUCGGGAGCCCGGAGAAUGUCCCGGCAUUUAUUGAAGCUGUGAAAAGACGUGAGAAGACCUUGUCAGGGUUCGGCCACCGCGUGUACAAGACGUCGGAUCCACGCUCAUUCAUCGUGCGUAAAACGGCCGAUGAAGUGUUCAAGGUAACAGGCAGGGAUGCGCUUUUAGAAACAGCAAUGGCGCUCCAUGAUGCGGCAAUGAAAGACGAGUACUUCAUCAAGCGCAAGCUCGCGCCCAACGUGGACUUCUGUGGCCUGAUCUACCGCGCGAUGGGAUUCCCGAUGGAUUUCUUCCCAGUGCUGUUCGUAGUGCCACGAGUCGUCGGAUGGCUAGCCCACUGGCGACAGAUGAUGCUGCAAGAAGGCGGUGUGAAGAUCUGGCGUCCCCGGCAGGUUUACGUUGGGGCAGGCAAGCGGGAUUACGUGCCGGUCGAACAGCGUGUUCCUGUCGAGGGCUUGCGACAGACACCGUCCGCGGUCGAACACGGAGGGUGA